AGCAGAUGUGGGGCAGAAUAAACCAGGCAGGUGUGUUUGCUUUUGGUUUCAGGUAGCUUAAUCCUUUCCAGACUGAAAGGGAACUUGUUUUUUUCGACACAAUAUUAUUUCAGAGAGGAGGGACAUGAUAGGUUGGAAGAAAAACAACAGCAACAACCCACCAUUGCCAAGAGAGUAAAAGGCAGAGAAUCAAAAUUCUGCCUUUGUCUGGGCUGUCGACCGGCAAAACUGGAAUGCUGAGAUCUUGGCUGAGAGUUAAAUUGAGGGAGUUGGGGAUCUUUAGCCCUGGAGAAGAGGAGACUGAGAGGUGUUGGGAUAGCCAUCUUCAAAUAUCUGAAGGGCUGUCCCGUGGAAGAUGGAGCAAGCUUGUUUUCUCUUGUUCUGGAGCGCAGGACCUGAACCAAUGGCUUCGAAUCGUAGGAAAGGAGACUCAGACUAAACACCAGGAAGAGUUUUCUGAGGCCCAGGCUUUGCGGUGUUAUUCUUGCCCGGAGCCGAUAACGGCUGUAAAAUGCAUGAAGGUGGACAACUGCUUGCAGAAUGAGACCAUGUGCAAGACUACCAUGUACUCGCGUGAAGAAGUGUACCCAUUCCAGGGCGAUUCAACCGUCACGCGGUCUUGUUCUUCGAGGUGCAUUCCGUCCGACGUGGAUGGGAUUGGCUUGACUCGCCCGGUGACCUGCUGCAACACGGAUCUCUGCAACCACGAUGGGGCUGCCAGCGUGCAGAUCAGCUACAUCACGGUGGGGACCUCAGCUGCUUCCUUCUUCAUCCUCCUCCGACCUGGACUGUGAUUCAGAUGGCAAAGGCAGAAGAUCUUGGGGUGUGUGUAUGUGUGUGUGCAAACGACAACAACUCCUUGAUCAAGCCCCGCUUGGCUUUGCUAUCUCAGUCGGGCUGUGUACCUCUCUCUUCUCCUGCAAUGGCAGUCUCCUCUUCUCAUCAGGCAAAGAAAACGGGGUGUGUGUGAAAAUGCUUUGCGCUAUGAAAAAUCCUGGCUGGCCUGCUCCUCCUGGCUGAAAAGAGAAUCAGAGACCUGAUGCUUAAGUAUUUUGGUGGUGCCAGUCAGCCCUUUGCUCAGCUCAUUGUCUCUGAUUCUGCCUUUCGUGGCUCACCCCAUGUUUAGAAAACACAGUUCCAAGCAGUUUCCCCCUUGCCCCACUCCUUUCCCAGGGAAAACCUGCUCUUUAGCUCUAAAUCAGAACAAACAGCAAUUCAUGGAAAACCCAAAUGGCUGUUGUCUCUGAUUGAGGACUAAAGAGCAGUUUUCCCCAGGGAAAGGCAACGAGACUUUCACAUGACUUGUAUUUUUAUCAUAUUGUUUUCUAGUUAAUCACCCCCGGGUCUGAGAGCUUUUCUCAUUGUUCCAUGACUGUGCUUUGUGAAAACCCUAUCUUGCCCACUGCACUGAAGCUCCUUUAGCAGCAAAACCCUUCUUCAGAUUUCCUGUGAAUCCGUAGAUCGGAGUUUCGCAAGGCUCAGCUGUGGAGCAAGAAGAAAAUCUCCUGGACCUGGGGAAAGGAAUCGCUACAGAAUGCAAUAAAAACGCAGGUCAAGCGGAAGUGUGGCUGAACAAUUAGUCUUAAAGAUGUGCCUUUAUGCACACCUGAUCACGGCUCCCAAUAGCCAGGCAGGAUUCCGAGAGCAGUCACCAGAACUCAUCUUAAAAUCCUCUUAAAAUCUUCCUUCUCAAUGUGGGGCUGUCUGAAAUGGAUCCGUUGCAUGUAGAGACAUUGGGGACGGGCUUUGCAUGAUUCUCUUUUUAUGCAUGAAGUACCCUUCCAGAAACCCUCUCCUCUUUAUCAAUCAUUUAUCCUAACUUGUUGCAUGAUGCUUAUGCUGAAAUUACACGAUGCCCCCGUUUUUGUCGAACGCCUACCACGAUCUGUUUGCAGGCAGCUUAUACAACAAUGAGCAAUCCAUCCUGAUUUACUUGUGUAGAUAGAUUAUAUGUCUCCUUCGGGAGGUAGGGCAGGAUGUAAACCGAAUAAAUAACAAUAAAUUCCCAUUGAUCAGUAAAUUA